AUUAUCUCUCUGCAAAUAUCUUAUCCUCUCAAGACACUCUCAAAAGCUCUCAGACUUAGAUCAAGUUCUGUAACCAUGGAAGCUUCAAAGAUAUUACUAUUCUCCCCAAUAUCAACCUCAAAGUUACACACAAAUCAUUCAAAUCACCCACUUAGAAAGCCAAAAUCUCAUCAAAUGAGACUCAAACUCAAGAUCACAAGCAUGGCAAAACAAGAAACCGACACAAACAUCGGCAUAGCAGAGAAAGCAGCAAUAGCAGGUGGUUUAAUCUCAUCUCCAGUUAUAGGUUGGUCUCUCUACACACUGAAAACAACUGGUUGUGGUCUUCCACCAGGACCAGGUGGAUCAAUUGGUGCAUUAGAAGGAAUAAGUUACCUUGUUGUUGUGGGAAUUGUUGGUUGGUCUUUAUACACCAAAUCAAAAACUGGUUCUGGUUUACCUAAUGGUCCUUUUGGGUUACUUGGUGCUGUUGAAGGGUUGUCCUAUUUGGCAUUGGUUGCAAUUGUUGUUGUUUUUGGUUUGCAGUAUUUUGAACAAGGCUACAUUCCUGGUCCUCUCCCUGCUGAUCAGUGCUUUGGCUAGAUUUUCAUUAGGAUAAUGUGAUGAGUAUUAGCCAUUACAAUUCUAUCAUUAUAUUUGUGGAUGUGGUUGCUCCAUGUAUGUUUAACUUUAUCAUUUCCACUGCCUCUUGCUGUUACUGUAAUAUUGAGUUAACAUAUUUUUAUGAUAAUUGUUUUGAUGGUA